GUAUUAUCUUACUCCAUUUUGCUUAAACUAUAAACAGUUAUUGUUCUAGUAUAUAGCUGGCAAAUAUAAAUUAAAUAGACAUGCAAUUCUCUAAUAAAAGCCAAACGAAACCGCCUGGUUUGCUGGGAUAAUACGUGAAAGAAUUGGGAAAGUCGACAGUAACAGGAGGCACUGGAAGCACUGGUGUACUGCGGUAUUUAAAGGGGUCCAAGGGUUUACAGACAAAUGUAAAAUCGCCUGGUAUAUCUGUUUUGUUUGGUGGAAAGUUGUAAAUGGCUAUAUGGCUAUAGCCAAAUACCUAAACAAAUAGGCUAGACGUCUUAACAAUAGUCGCAAACCACCUUAACAAACGCUGUUUUCCCUAAUUUUACGCUAAAUUUACCAUAAAGUUUUCCUGGAAUAAAAUAAUAGGCUAUACACUUUUACAAUUAUUACUUUAAAAAAUAUCUCCACGGUUUAAUUUACAGCGAAUCAGUUUGAGCAAAAGUCGUUACUUUUCGCGUCAAAGCCGUUCAUUGCUAGCGAUCAUCGGCAGAGUAUAUAGAUGUUUUAUUAUAUUUAUCACUAUGGUGCAAUUCCGGUGCAAUCAAACUUUUACCUUGACUUUUUUGUAAUAUUGUUAUUUAGUUGUUUUAUAGCAUGACUUCGUCAGACGUCAGUUUGAACAUCCAGGACCUGAAGUUAUUCUUCAAAACACAUAAUUUAUGAAUUUUGCUGUCAUUUAACUACAACGCAGUGGUGAAACGGUAUAGGUAUGCAAUAUGAGAUAUUUCCUGAGGAUGUUCUAUUGCAUUUCGGCCGGUUUAGUAAUAAGCAAGACACAAGAAGCAUAUACAAAACAAAAGUAGAUCAUUAGAAAUUAUGAGAAUAUCUAAAAAGCUUCCUAAAUUUGUGUUUAUAGUUGGUUUGUUGCUGUUAAUAAUUUAUUUUAUAUGGCGGUACAAAUCCUUACCUGCAGAAACAAAAUCGUUGUGCCCAUUGGUUAUUACAACAAAAUCCACCGAGCGGAAAAUGCAUUUAAGGACUUUAAAUAUGCGGCCGGAAGUCUUGCAUGUUGAAACAACGUCGGAAACUACUAAUUUGUCCUCUACUCAUACACCAAUAUGCAAGAAAAAUUUCCUCUACCUAACCGAGCCGACUAAGCACAAACUGAACUCUACUUAUGACAAAGAGAAAAACUGCAUGGCACUGAAAGAAAGUACUUCCAUUUCGCUUGUAAACUUCGUUGUAUCAUCGGCACCAAACUUCCGCGCAAGACAAAUAAUCAGAGAAACAUCGGGUUCGGUUUCAUUUGUGAACGGUCUUUCCAUAAAACAUGUAUUCGUUGUCGGAAAAUCAACGGAAGAGAAUACGAAUAUGAAGAUAAUAAAAGAGUCCGAGGAGCACGAAGAUGUGUUGUUCUAUGACUACCCGGAUACGUACCUGAAUUUGGUAUACAAGACACUUGCUCUUCUACAGUGGGCCAAUGAGAAUCUAUCAACGCAAGUUAUUAUUAGCAAGACUGACGAUGAUGUAGCGGUUGAUUUCUUAGAGUUAUCGAAAAAUCUCAAAGACAUUUUGGACGAGUUAUUGGCGUGUGAGAACGAAAGAGAGAAGAAUGUGUUUGAACAUUUUCCUAUGAUAUGUGGUCUAGAUUAUCGCGUUCGGGAUGUACCGAUGCGCAGAAAAAGCCAUAAAAACUACAUCCCAAUUGAGGAAUAUGCGCCAAGCACAUACCCUACGUUUUGCAACGGUCCAAUGUACGUUAUACCAAUGGCUAUAGCUAAAGACGUAUACAAAUUAACCUGCGUCCAUGAAAUGUUGAGAACUGAGGACGUUUGGUUUACUGGGAUAGUAAGAGACCGACUUGGCAAAGGCGAUAGAAACAUUAUGAGACGCAAAUAUCCUUUCGCACAACAUUAUCAAACAUCUGAAACCACUUUAGAACACAGAGAACACAAUAUGCGCAGGGUACACAUCUCAAUGGUUGAAAAAAUAGUAUAUUCCAAAAUACACUGGUGUAAUUGCUGA